UGGCUCUGUGGCGACCUUCACGUCGGGGAUCUCCGGGAAGAAAUUUGUAGGCCACGCUUAUAUACCAAAUAUGUGGACGCAUGUUUUUUAUGGAGUUAAGGUGUUAUUCCAUUAACCAAAAAUAGUCAGUUGCCCUAUAAAGAAUCAAUUGUAUGCAUUUUCCAUUGAUCGCCCAUCUGCAAGCGUCCAUUGGAGAGUGAAUCCAUUGUAUUAACCAUGUUGACAUAAACGCAUAGUGUUUGUGAACGCACCCUCAACCCACGUGUCACGUUUCCAUAGUCACGUCACGGCGGCUCCACCAUGUUGUAGGAAAUCCACCGCCGCCUCUUCACACUGUCAGAUUACACUUUAAUCUGAGGAGGUGGAUACACUGUCAAGACGUGCUCUGUCUCUUGGAACGACUUUACAUUUUACCUAAAGGCUGUCAUUUUCUUCAGGGAGCGGCUUGUACCUCGAAGAUGAACCACCAGGCUUCAUUUGCCGUCUUUUCCUGUUCGCCCACUUGCCACUACAUUCUAAAUGUUAGCUGGCUAACUAGCGAAAAAUAGAGUAACUAAAUCGGAUUAUCUCGGAAAAGCACUCUUCGCUCUGGGUAAUAUUCAGGUAUUUAAAAAUUUGCUAAUAACGACCACGUUCUUAAAGCAAAGGAACUCCCUCUUUGUAUUGCACGCGUCUAUUCCUGCACACAUUUAUGAACCGUAAUUCUCUUCCAGCACUAAUGUUGCUGCAAGUAAGCUAGCACCCCACAAAGAGCUGCAGCUCCUUGGCCAGCCUUAUUUUUUUUCUUUUACCCCCACCGAAUGUUUGGAAGAUCAAUAUUAAAACCGAAAGUCAAGACCACGAAACCGAUGCGCUACUUUGUACCAAGCUAACGGGGAGGAGAGCAGCACAAUUUUCAACAACUAAAUACAAACGAAGCGAAGAUGUCUGGAAAGGAUAAAGAGAAACAAGAAAAACAGUCCACAACGGAGCGGCUCAUUAAAGCUGUGCCAUAUCCCCCACAACAUAAACUGACCAUAAAAGAGUUAUUUGAAGAUGGCAAGCCCAACGCAGAACUGCUACGUAACCAUCUCGUCAAAGAGGGCAGGGUGGAAGAAGAUGUAGCGCUAAAGAUAAUCAACGAUGGAGCCAACAUCCUUCGGCAGGAAAAAUGCAUGCUGGAAGUGGAGGCACCUAUUACAGUAUGUGGUGAUGUCCACGGUCAAUUCUUUGACCUCAUGAAGUUAUUUGAAGUGGGAGGAUCACCUAGUAAUACGAGGUAUCUCUUCCUCGGAGACUACGUAGAUCGAGGAUACUUCAGCAUUGAGUGUGUUCUCUACCUCUGGUCACUCAAGAUCAACCACCCCACCACACUCUUCCUCCUCCGAGGGAACCAUGAGUGCCGGCACCUUACAGAGUACUUCACCUUCAAACAGGAAUGUAAAAUUAAGUACUCAGAAAGGGUCUACGAUGCCUGUAUGGAGGCCUUUGAUUGCCUGCCACUUGCUGCCCUGCUUAAUCAACAGUUCCUGUGUGUACACGGUGGACUCUCACCAGAAAUUAACUGCCUUGAUGACAUAAGGAAAUUAGAUAGAUUUAAAGAGCCUCCGGCAUUUGGGCCAAUGUGUGACCUGAUUUGGGCCGACCCUGGUGAAGACUAUGGGAGUGAAAAGACAACGGAACACUUCAACCAUAACUCUGUCAGAGGCUGUUCCUACUUUUUCAGUUACUCUGCAGUUUGUGACUUUUUGGUAAAUAAUAAUUUGUUGUCAGUAAUUAGAGCCCAUGAAGCCCAAGAUGCAGGCUAUCGGAUGUACAGAAAAAGUCAGACUACAGGCUUCCCUUCAUUAAUUACAAUCUUUUCAGCACCAAAUUAUCUUGACGUGUACAACAAUAAAGCUGCUGUAUUAAAAUAUGAGAACAACGUGAUGAAUAUCCGACAGUUCAACUGUUCCCCGCAUCCUUAUUGGUUACCCAAUUUCAUGGACGUCUUCACAUGGUCUUUGCCAUUUGUUGGCGAAAAAGUGACAGAGAUGUUGGUGAAUGUUCUCAACAUUUGCUCUGAUGAUGAACUCAUGUCGGAGGGAGAUGAUCUUUAUGAAGGUGGCACCACAGCGAUGCGAAAGGAGGUGAUUCGUAACAAGAUCCGUGCAGUUGGCAAAAUGGCCCGAGUCUUCUCAGUGCUAAGGGAGGAGAGUGAGAGUGUAUUAACUCUCAAAGGCCUGACCCCAACUGGAACACUUCCCAUGGGAGUGCUGUCUGGUGGAAAGCAGACAUUACAGACUGCUACUAUUGAAGCAGCUAAAGCAAAAGCUAUCCAAGGCUUCUCUCCCACGAGGAAGAUUCGUAAUUUCGAGGAAGCACGCGGACUGGACAGGAUAAACGAGAGGAUGCCGCCACGUAAAGAUGGCCAGCAGCCAGAUGGCGGUAGCAUCAAUAGCAACACACCCAACAAGAACGGCACUGACGGAUAGGCCUCGUAAAGCACUCCUUUUUCAUCCCCGGCUCAUCCCCGCCAAUCUCACUGCACCUCACUUUCCUUUUCCCGUCCAUCUUCUGCGUGCAUGUCAUCAGGUGGGAAGAAAUGAAGCAGACACAUUAGUGGUGGAAAACAAACGGAUGCCACAAACAAUAACUGGGGAAUCUUAUUUAACAAAAGAAUAUAUUAAAUAUUUAAUAGCAUCCGGUGAUUGAAUGAAGACAUUUUGCUGUACACUGAACCACGCUUAUAAAUGUCACAGUUAGACAGCUUAGAUUAAUGAAAAAAAGACAAAUUUAUACAUUGGAUUUGUUGCGAUAAAGCUUGUAGCCCGAGCCGCUUCACUUUGAGGUUUUCCCCAGGAUAUCAAAUGGGCGACACUGCUUAUAGUAGGUGGGGCGGGUAAAAUACUAUUUUAUACUUUGAAGAGAAAUGUGAUGUCUUAUUUAUGAAAUUCUGACAUUUUAAAGAAGCCCAAAGGUUAUGGGAAGAUUUUGUUGAGUAUUUUGUUCUCUCUGAGUAACACUAUCCUGUAUUAUUAUUUGUGACUGAAAUCGUUUUAAAAAUGAAGAUGAAAUGCUUUUUGGGCUGUAGGCCUGAUCGUUGUUCACCUGAUGGCAGCUAGGACGUUUGAGCUCACCUAAACCAAAUGAUGGGAUGUAGCGUACAGUACAGUAAUGCACAGCACGGCUUGUUCCGCUCUUCUCCCACAUCCUGGAUGGAAGCACAUCAAGAAAGCAUAAUGAGAUGAACCCAUUUCAAUAAAAGAGGACAUAUUUGCCCAAGAAACAAACUCUGGAAAAAAGACUUUAAUUCACGGAUGAGAUGUUUCAGUAUUUAAAGGAAAUUCAGCAGUUUAAACUGCUGCGUUAAUGUCAAACAUGUUUUAGGUCCUAUUGUUGCUUUACUGAGGCUGUUUAAGUGUCUCCAUCUACUGUUAAUUAUACAGUAUGCAGAUGUGCGCGCGCUUGCUUUAAAAAAAUUGUGACAAUUCUGUUAAAUAAGGCUUCUAAAUGAUCGCAAUAUGUUGAAUGGAGACACAAUAGACUGAUGUCUUAUGUGGAGCACUGUCACCAUCACAUGACUGAUGAUGAGGCUUAGCAGUACUGUAGUCAUCUACUGGCUUGCUUUGCUCACCUUUGUUCCUUCUUUUUUACAAGCUGGUGUGCGAGCCGCUUAGUAGUCGCUGUGAUUUCCUGAUGUUUGUGAAGUUUUUCUGUGGCUUGCCUCACUUUUGCUCUGACCACCUUCCCUUCUCUUCAUUGGCAACCAACAACCCUUUAAGACUUGCUUUUUACCUUCGACUAGAGCAACAACGGAGGAGGAGUUGGGCCACUUAUAUGUGCAAUAUUUGUUUAUUGUUGUUUUUUUAAAAGGGAAAAACUCAAUCCUGAUUUUAGGAACAUUUAUCCGUCAUUUUUACAAUGCUUAACCUUUUGGGCGUUCUGUUCAUAUGUGGCCCAGAGCCUCCUCUCACUUUUCAACUGGUGCUGUCAUAUAACCAAUGCUUGGUUUUUGGCACUUAAUAAGGCAUAGGGGUAAAAGGUGGAGCUUUAAUGAAAAAAUAUGCUAUCUUCAUGUAAAAAGGUUCCUUUAAUUAAUUUGAUAAGUUGUUUGCACUCGUGCCAUGCCACUCUGGACACACUUGAAGAUCUGGUUGUGUGUGGAAGGCAAACAGAGUCAAGCCACGUGACAUUUUUGGGUACGAGUUCCUAAGUGGAGUAUUGUACUUUGGUCUUAUACACAUUUCAGUAAAAGCCCAAAGUAUUGAGGUAUGUUAACUCAUUCGGUCCUAAUGAGUUGAUCUUGUAAAUUAAAGGAUUUUUCUUGCUUUCUUUUAUUUAAUUUUUUUUUUUAAAUAAGGCUUUAUUGGUUGACCCACACAGUAUACUGACCUGUCAGGUAAUUUACUGCACAUAUCAUGCAGAAUGUAAAAAUAAGAAAAAAUGCUCACAAAGAAUCUUUUAUUGGUGAAAGUGUACCGUACGUAUCAUGCAAGGCCAUGAAAUCUUAUACAUAGAUGUAUCACUUGAAAGAAAAAUUAAAAUACAGUGUUUUAUUUCA